AUGAGUACUGAGCUUGCGCAGUGGUUCGCCGCUGCCAGAACUGGGGACGAACAAUACAUACUGACGAGCAUGGGCACCUUUGCGGGAUCUAAGAACGAGAAGGGCGAAACAGCUUUGAUGAUCGCCACCUAUAAUAAUCACGCGCGCAUUGUUUCCAGGCUUUGCCCGUAUGAGGUUAGGCAGUCCGAUAACUCAGGAAAGGCGGCAAUACAUAUUGCAGUUGAGCAAAAUAACUACGACACCUGCACGGCUCUUGGCCCUCACGAGCGCGGAAUCCUCAUCGAAAAUGGGAUGAAUCCAUAUCACCUUGCUGCACGUUUGGGAAAGGCCCGCGCAAUGGAUGCGUUGUCUAUAUUCUUCGGUAUGGAGCGGGAUUUUGAUGGCCUCUCUGUGCUUGAGCAUGCCAUUAUUGGCGAGUCCGAAGAGUGCCUUAGGCACGCACUGAACAAUCGCAAGGUGACGCCCAAGGACAUAGCAAACGCCAAAGCCUAUGCUGAGCAGCACGGUCUGUCUUCAAAAAUGAUAGGGAUCAUUGAUGAAAAGCUUCGUGAGUAUGGGGACUCGAGCACUAGCUCUAUGGUGGGGGUUCAUCUCAGUCAGCGAUACACCCCGUCUGCUCGCUCUCAACCUCAAUCAGACCACACAUCAAUUAACUUUCCAGACGAGGGGUCUCUUCACACAGACGACCAUGUCCAAGAGAUGCGCCAGAUCACUGGGAGCUUCAGAUGCGUGCCUGUCAAUCCACGCUCGGAGGACUGUGCGCGUAUUGAUGAGCUUCUUGCAGCAAAAGAUGAACUUCUUAGGGAGCAUAUGGCUGAGCGUCUUUCUCCGACUACACGUUCUCGCUCCGUAAGUCCUCCUGUGAGUCCACACUUGAGUCGGGUGCCAAACUUCUCCGUUGCAGACACAGAUUCUGCUCCUAACGCUGCUGUCACUGCUGCCGUGCUUCCUACAUCGCCCCUAGGGAUCAACUCCUUCCGUUCACCACCGCCUUCCCAGGACAUCGACGCUGGGGACACGAUCGAUGACAUCAUAGAUGCGCUGGGUCAUGUGUCUCGUCAAACGAAGCUGAACGAGGACAUGGGGGUGCCAAUGCCCAGGCGAGAACCUCCACAGAUAGCACGUACUCCCUUGGAGCCCCUUGAGAAGCUCACCGGAUCGUUCACAGCCACGGCCUUCGCAGACGAAUCAGUCAAGAAGACACCAGAAAUUCCCAAACUGCUUCCAGACAACUAUGAAUACAAAGACUAUCCAAAUAAUUCGGGGACCAUUGACAUGAACAAAAAGUAUAAAGAUAGCCCACGUGACGCAAUAAACAAGGGGCUUGAAAAGCUGACGGCGUCCCAGCGUAUUGUCGAUAAGGGUUUAACCUCUACUACCGCUAUUCUUGCCAGCGAGUAUGAUCCUCGCACUAGCCAGUAUAAGGUCGCCAUAGACCGGGCGAACGAGAUUAUACGAUCAAGCACAGACCCUGUUGGGCCUUAUGCACAUCGGGCACAAUCGCAGUCUAAAAACAAAGCUGUUCGCAAAGCAGUAGCGGUUCUUGAAGACGACGCUCUUCCUACGGUGGAGGAAAUUCAACGUGCAACUAAGACCAACGUUACAGCGUCUGCCAUCGUUCCUCCCCUAGCAACUACCAUUCCUGACGAUGAAGGAAGGAGGCUUACAAGCUCGUUCAUCGGCGGCCAGCCUCUUAUGGGGAAUGCCCCUGACCUAGUGAGCUCCCUCAGGUUUCGGAACAGCACUCUACAGGACCCGGUAGCGCGCACGCAGUGCACUUUACCGGUAGUGGAGGAGACCAUAUCUGUGGAGGAUCUCAUUGCAUCCCAUAAGCAGAACCAUCCUCAGGACAGGAGUACACCUGGAAGAUUCACUAGCCUUAUGAGAGCGGCGAUAGAGAAUGAUAUCGCUGCAGCGAAGAUGCUGGUCAUCUCGUUUGCUCGCGUCCAGGACCCAGAGGGCAAAACAGCCCUGAUGUAUGCCGCUGAGCGAGGACACGAGGAGAUUGCAAAUCUUCUUCUUCCAUUUGAGGGAGGAAUGCAGCUCAAAAAUGGGGGCACUGCUCUUAUGCACGCCCUGGGGAAUGGGCAUCUAAACGUGGCGGCUAUGCUCAUGUCAUGUGACGGGGGAUUAGCCAUGAAUGACGGAUGGACAGCCCUCAUGUCGGCUGCGACGAUAAACGCAGACAACAUAGUCGUCGGUCUGUUAGAAAAGGAGGCUGGAAUGGUGUGUAACUGCAGUCAUAAGGAGGGUGAAGGGUACUGUGCGUGUAUGAUAGCCGCCAAGAAGAACAACCUGGAGUCUCUCCGUCUUCUUGCUCCGCGGGAAGGCCAGAUAACCAACUUUAGAGGGCAGAACGCACUCUCCUUUGCAAAGACGUCGGAGGCAAGGGAGCUGCUCAGCCUUUUUCACUGA